AUGGGGUUUCCAAAUGACUCUGGUAAUCCUGGAUUUUUUCCCUUGUUUUUACAGGUGACUUGUAACUGUUUCACCAUCAGUAAUGGAGAGAUGCAGGAUGUUGGUGUUGGCCUGUAUCCCAGCAUGUCUUUGCUGAAUCACAGUUGUGACCCAAACUGUGUGAUUGUUUUUGAAGGAUACCAGCUUUUACUUCGCUCCGUCCGAGAGAUCCAGAUUGGUGAAGAGCUCACCAUCAGCUAUAUUGAAUCACUGAUGCCCACCAGUGAACGCCAAAAGCACCUGAUGCGCCAGUACUGCUUUGUAUGUGACUGUCUUCUCUGCCAGAAUCAAGACACGGAUGCUGAGAAACUGGCAGGUGAAGAGCAUGUCUGGAAAAAAGUCAAAGAUGCUGUGAAUGGAGUGAAACAUCCCAAAUCAGGAGAAGAUUGGGAGCAGGUUCUGGCAAAAUGCCAGAAUCUCUUAAGCAGCAGUGAGGGUUGUCUUCCAGACACAAAUAUCUAUCAGCUGAAAAUGCUUGACUGUGCCAUGGAUGCCUGUAUCAACCUUGGAUCCUGGGAAAAUGCUUUGAAUUAUGGCAUCAGGACUCUUGGACCAUACAGACUGUAUUAUCCUGGUUUUCAUCCACUGAGGGCAGUCCAGCUGAUGCGAGUGGGCAAGCUGCAGUAUAGUCAAGACAUGUUUCCUCAAGCCCUGGAGACCUUGAAACAGGCCUAUACCAUUAUGAAGGUGACCCAUGGAGCAGAUCACAGCCUGAUGCAAGCCUUGAUGGAACUAAAGGAACAGUGUGAGGCUGCCAUGAGGAUGCAGUGAAGAAAAGAUGCAGCCUGG